CGGUCUUGGAAUUGCAGUAAAUUGAUGCUAUGCGACGACCUCAAGUUCCAAAAUACCCCUCCCGAAGCUUGCCCGCAAAGUGAAAUUCGCGAUCCAUCGACGUCAGGCGGGGACUAGCGCGGCUCGUAACUAAACACUGGCUGGGCAACGUUUCUAAUAACGAUGUCGACCAGCACACCAACCCCCAAGCGUCCUGAACCCACAUCCAAACCCUCCUCCUCAUCCUCACCCAUCCCAGCCGCCGCCCCGCUCUCCCGUCUCCCCGCAGACGAAGAAUCCGAGCUCCUCUCCGAAUCCCACGCCCUCAAAGCCACCGCAACCGCCUCCUUCACCUCCUCGGACCUCUCCUCCGCAAUCGACUUCUACGCCCGCGCCCUGACCCCUCUGCCCAGCUACUGCCACUACGAAAUCGCCGUCCUCCACGCCAACAUCGCCGCCUGCCACCUGCGUCUCCGCGCCUGGAAAGACGCCGCCGACGCAGCUAGCCAGGCCCUCGACGAGCUCCACCACGUCGACCCUGUGCCACAAGAACAACAACAACAACAGUCCCAAACCGACAAGCCCGCCACGAGCCCCGCACAAGACGACAACAGCAACAGCAACAACAGCAACACCAACACACCCAGAAUCUCCGAAAUCUCCGACGCGCUCGAAGCCCGCAUCGCCAUCCUCACCGCCCUCAACCACUCCCUCUCCGACCUCCACAAACUACGCACCAAAGCCCUCCUCCGCCGCGCCAAAGCCCGCGCCGAACUCGGCACCUGGGCCGAGCUCCAGGGCGCAAUAGACGACUACACGGCGCUCUCCCAACAACACGCGGAGCUCAGCAGCGCAGAUCGGCGCACGGUACAGGGCGCGCUGCGGACACUACCUGCCCGGCUGGACGCGGCGAAGAGUCGGGAGAUGGCCGAUAUGAUGGGCAAGUUGAAGGGGUUGGGCAACGGGUUGUUGAGGCCGUUUGGGCUGAGUACGGAUAAUUUUCAGUUUGUGAAGGAUGAGAGGACGGGCGGGUAUAAUAUGAAUUUUAAUCGUUGAGUGCCUUCCUUUGGGUUUCCUUGAGGGGAGCUUUUCUCUCUCUCUCUCUGGGUUCGUGCAUGUCUGUGCGUUAGCUGCGGGACUGAGGAAGGACUGACUGGUUUUUUGGCUG